AUGCAAAACACUUUUUCUCAAGAGACCAACGCCAUGAAUCUCAUUUACGUGAAAACGGGUUACUCUCGCUUGAUCACCUACCUGGUUCCCCUGUGCGUGGUUCCAUUUAUUGGCAUCAUCAUCAUCAUGAAGCAAGCAUCACACAUGAAACAAGAAGACAUGGACCAGGUGUGGCUCCACUUGCAAUGCAACCUUGUCAGAGUCAUCAUUUGCUGCACCACCAUUGUAUUUGGAAUCACCUUCUACAUCAUGAGAAGGUCGAGACCCGUUUACUUGGUGGACUUUGCCUGUUACAAACCCCCACCUCAUCUCAAGGUGCCAUUCUCCAAAUUCAUGCUCCACUCCACCCUCAAUGGGUACUUCAACGGUUCCUCUCUCGGGUUUCAACGUAAGAUUCUUGAACGCUCUGGCCUUGGAGAAGAGACUCAUCUCCCACAAGCAUUGCACAGCAUUCCAUCGAACCCUUCCAUUGCUGCUGCCAGAGAAGAGGUAGAGCAGGUUAUGUUCGGUGCCCUCGAUGACCUUUUUGCCAACACCAAUGUCAAGCCAAAGGACAUUAAGAUCGUCUUUGUGAAUUGCAGCUUGUUCAAUCCCACCCCUUCCCUCACUGCUAUGAUCGUCAACAGGUACAAGAAGGGGUAUGACGUGAGGACCUACAACUUGGGGGGCAUGGGUUGCAGUGCGGGUAUUACAGCCAUUGAUCUUGCAAAGGACUUGCUUCAGCUUCACGGAAACACUUACGCGGUGGUGGUUAGCACAGAGAACAUUACUCAGAACUGUUACUUUGGGAACAACAGGGCCAUGCUGAUACCAAACUGUUUGUUCCGGCUAGGUGGGGCAGCGAUUCUUCUUUCAAACAAAUUUUCAGAAAGGCGUCGAGCCAAGUACGAGCUUGUUCAUGUUGUGAGAACUCACAAUGGUGCAGAUGACAAGUCGUUCAAGUGUGUUCAUCAGGUGCAAGACGCUGUUGGGAAACUCGGCGUGUGUCUUUCAAGGGAUCUCAUGGAAGUUGCUGGUGAAGCCCUUAAGGCUAACAUCACUGCUUUGGGUCCCUUUGUGCUUCCCAUGAGGGAGAAGCUCCUCUUCCUUUGUAGUUUCUUGGCCAAGAAGCUAUUUGGUUCUGAGAAGAAGGCUUAUUAUGUGCCAAACUUCAAUGUUGUUUUUGACCAUUUCUGCAUUCAUGCUGGAAGCAAAGCAGUGAUUGGUGAGGUUGAGAGGAACCUGAAGCUUCUGCCAAGUGACGUGGAAGCUUCUAGAAUGGCUCUGCAUAGGUCUGGGAACACUUCUUCUAGCUCCAUUUGGUAUGAGCUGGCUUACAUAGAGGCAAAGGGCAAGAUGAAGAGGGGAAACCGUGUUUGGCAGAUUGCGUUUGGGAGUGGUUUCAAGUGCAACAGUGCUGUGUGGAAGGCCCUCACACAUGUGAAACCCUCACCAAACACUCCAUGGGAAGAUUGCAUUCAUAGGUACCCAGUUGCUGCAUAA